AUGUCUGGUUCCAGCAAAGACAUCCUGGUCAACAGAUCAGGAAUACCACAGGCUCCAUUCAUUGACGAUGUUGACAAAUGGAUGCAAGGAGAAGAAGCUGAAUCAACGCUUCGUAAAUUCGACGAAAUGCUCCAAAAAUACAAGUACAUGGAGGCUAGCUCGCAAGCUAGAAAACGGACCUUGGAAGACAAGGUACCUGAAAUUCGAAAGACGUUGGAUGUGGUCAAGUUUAUUAUGAGCCGAACGGAUUCAGCUGAACCGAUCGACUCGCAAUUCGAGGUGAACGAUACCUUAUGGCUGAAUGCCAAAAUCAAGAAUCCUCAGACAGUCUACCUUUGGCUUGGGGCUAACGUAAUGCUGGAAUAUCCAUUGGGAGAAGCUGAAUCCCUCCUAGACGAGAAAUUGACUGGUGUUCUCAAGACACUGCAAGCUCUCGGUGAAGACUUGCAGUUCUUGAGAGAGCAAAUCACCACGAUUGAAGUCAAUAUCGCCCGUGUGUACAAUUGGGAUGUUAAGGAUCGCCGUACUAGGCGUGAUGGGAAGGCCAAAUAG